AUGGCUUCCUCACAACCCUUCGGCACGCGCUCCUACGCCUCUGGAAAACUCCCCGACCGAUCCAUCAACGCCAACGCCCUCCCUUUCAGCGCCUCCUCCUUCUCGCGACACCGCAGUCUCGCCGGCGCGCCCGGCGCUCCCACGGCCGGCGACUUCGCCGACCCCAAAGCUAGCCAACAGGCACCAGGUCCAUCGCAAGCACCACCGCAACCACCCAUGCAUUCACAACCCCAACAAGACACGAAUCCCUUGAACCGGUUGACAGAGGAGCAACGCGAAGAGAUCAACGAAGCUUUCACCCUCUUCGACCUCGACCGCGACCGCCACCUCGACUACCACGAACUCCGCGUCGCCUUCCGCGCCCUAGGCUUCACCCUCCCCAAACAAGAGCUCAUCUCCCUCCUAACCACCUACGGCGUUCCGCCAACUACGAACCCCCAACACCCGAGUAAUCUGCUCAUGCCACUAUCGGCCUUUCAGGCCGUCACGGCGCUGAAGAUACUGGAGCGGGAUCCGCGGGACGAGAUCCUGCGCGCGUUCGAACUGUUCGAUGAAGGCGGGAAGGGAUACAUUGAUCUGGAGGACUUGAGGCGCGUGGCCAGGGAAUUGGGUGAGACGGGCCUCGAAGAGGAGGAGUUGAGGGCUAUGAUUGAGGAGUUUGAUUUGGAGGGUGUCGGGGGUGUUACGCGCGAGGCGUUUGUGGGGAUUUGCUGGCAGUGAUUUUUCUUCUUUUUUUU